CCAAAUUUCCCGGGAAAAAAACCGUUUUCGGAAUCAAACUGAACCAUCUCCGGCUCCAUCGUUUCAUUCCUCUUUUAUUUUCCGUUAUUCGCCGUCGGGUUCUGUACCCUCCGCCGCUACCACCACCGAAAAUGGAGGCCCGCUGGAGAUCGUCGGCUAAACCCGUUCAAGCUCCGAAAACAACGAAAACGGUUUCUUUUGAGGAAGUUUCCGGCAAAGCCUCCUCCUCCGAAGCAUUGCCUCUCUCUUUACAUCUAACGAAUGCUGUGUUCUUCUCGCUGUUUUUCUCUGUGGUUUAUUUUCUUCUUUCCCGUUGGCGUGAAAAGAUCCGUACUUCCACGCCCCUUCACCUCGUCAACCUUUCAGAGAUCGUCGCGAUUUUCGCUUUUAUCGCCUCGUUUGUUUAUCUUUUGGGGUUCUUCGGGAUUGAUUUCGUUCAGUCUUUGAUCCUCCGACCGUCGACUGACCUUUGGAAUUCCGAGGACGAAGAGGAAAAUGAAGCUUUGCUUCGUAAAGAAGAUGCUCGUAAAAUCCCUUGUGGCCAAGCUCUUGAUUGUUCGGUAACCUCGGCACCAAUUAUAUCUGCCCAGAAAGUGGUCGAUGAAAAGCUUGUGAAAUUAACAACCGAGGAAGAUGAAGAAAUAAUUAAAGCCAUUGUGGCGGGAACAACUCCUUCAUAUUCUUUGGAAUCCAAAUUAGGUGAUUGCAAGAGAGCGGCUUCCAUCAGGCGUGAGGCAUUAGGGAGAAUAACCGGGAAGUCGUUAUCGGGAUUACCCUUGGAUGGAUUCGAUUAUGAGUCAAUUUUAGGACAAUGUUGUGAGAUGCCGAUUGGGUACGUACAGAUUCCCGUGGGAAUUGCUGGGCCGUUGUUGCUUAAUGGAAAAGAGUACUCGGUUCCUAUGGCAACCACGGAGGGUUGCUUGGUGGCUAGCACUAGUAGGGGAUGUAAGGCUAUUCAUUUGUCUGGUGGUGCUUCUAGUGUUCUAUUGAAAGAUGGGAUGACUAGAGCUCCUGUUGUAAGGUUCGGCACCGCCAAAAGGGCAGCUGAUUUAAAGUUUUAUUUGGAGGAUCCUGAAAAUUUUGAGACCUUGGCUGUUGUUUUUAACAGAUCAAGUAGAUUUGCUAGGCUUCAAGGUAUUAAAUGUGUCAUUGCAGGGAAGAAUCUUUAUUUGAGAUUCACCUGCAGUACUGGCGAUGCUAUGGGGAUGAACAUGGUUUCAAAGGGUGUCCAAAACGUUUUGGAUUUCCUUCAAACUGAUUUCCCUGACAUGGAUGUCAUUGGCAUCUCUGGAAACUUCUGUUCCGACAAGAAGCCCGCGGCGGUAAAUUGGAUUGAAGGACGAGGCAAAUCUGUUGUCUGCGAGGCCAUCAUUAAGGGUGAUGUGGUGAGGAAAGUCUUGAAGACUAGUGUGGAAUCCCUUGUGGAGCUUAACAUGCUUAAGAACCUUACAGGAUCCGCCAUGGCCGGAGCUUUGGGUGGAUUCAAUGCCCAUGCUAGUAACAUUGUCUCUGCAGUUUACAUUGCCACCGGUCAAGAUCCGGCUCAAAACAUCGAGAGCUCUCAUUGCAUCACGAUGAUGGAAGCUGUCAACGAGGGCAAUGACCUUCACAUCUCUGUUACGAUGCCUUCCAUCGAGGUUGGCACGGUUGGUGGUGGAACUCAACUUGCAUCUCAGUCAGCAUGUUUGAACCUGCUAGGGGUGAAAGGUGCUAGCCAAGAGUCACCAGGUGCAAACUCAAGACGGCUUGCAACCAUAGUAGCUGGUGCAGUCCUUGCAGGGGAGCUGUCACUCAUGUCAGCACUGGCAGCUGGGCAACUAGUUAAGAGCCAUAUGAAGUACAAUAGGUUGAGUAAGGAUGUUUCCAAAACUUCUUCUUAGACAAACACUUAAUAAUAUAUAUAAAUAUAUAGUAUGAUGAAAAGGCUUUGUCAAAAGCCUGAAAGAAAAAUUAGUGUAGAAGUUGAAAAUCCCCCAUAGUUUAUAAGUGUAUCGAAAGCUAAGGAUCAUACACAUCAUCAUCAUCAUCAUCUCCUUGUAAUUUACUUUGUAUUUUGUUAUUUUCUUCUUACUAUUAAAGCAAAUGUGUAAUCCUAGAAUUGUGUAAAAUGAUAGAAUUGUUAAUUUAA